UAUAAACCACAUAUGGAAGUACAAUGCUUUGUGGAGGAAAUACCCAGGAGGGGGGGAGUGGACCUCAUAAUCUGACCCCUUCCUGUAACAGGGCUUUAGAAGGUAUUGCAAAAACAGAAAAAGAAACUCAUUAUGCAGCAGUCUCCUGUCUAAUACAGCAACCUAUCUGUGUGCCAUAUAUAUCCAGAUCCAGCAACUCUGGACAGUUAGGAGACCCGGGACAGUCUAGGCAACUGCUCCAGAAAUUUUCCUUUGGAGGAUGAAACUGAAUCUGUCACAAAGUAACCAAGAGGAGCAGCAUUUCUGUUCUGUUCAUGUGACAUCAGAAAAUGGGGCUCUCUGUAUCAUAAAUCCACUGUUUUUGCAUGAACAUGGAGAUAAAUGGCUCAGGCCUGUUUCACAAAGCCAGUUAGAAGAGAAUAGAAAGAGCAUACCAUGGUGUUUUGGAGAAGAGCUUGGCAAAAUAAGUCAUGGCACUGCUUCGGAAGAUUUAACUGUUCAUCAUAACAACAUUGAUGAACAAUCGAACACCUGUAAAACACAAAGUGCUGAAGACCGUAAGUCUUUCAUUCAUCAAGAGAAGAUUGAGUCCUAUGAUGUUCAAGAUAAUUCGGAUUCGCACAUAGAGAAUUCAAAACUGUUUCAGAAAUCUGUUGUAAGGAGACAAAAACAAUCUAAGAGAGAAACCAAUGUGACAAUAAAUGUAUCACAAACUUUAGAUGAAGGUCGUGAUGCUAAAAAGCAAACACUACGGAAGUCACGGGAGAACAUACGUUCUUUUGCUCCCCACAGAGUCACCUGGAUUGAAGAGGAACACAUCUCAGAAACCACUUUGAAGAAAUCAAAUUCUGAGUCUUCUCUAAACUCCUCUGACAGCUUUUUACUCCCUCCAUUGCCAGAGCUGGACUCUGUUUCCAUCAGUAGCAUUGAAGAUGAACAAUUCAACUCUUUGAGGCCUAAAAGGAAACAUUCACAUGGACUUGGAGAUAUGGUCAGACAUAGCCUACUAGCAGUUAGUACUGCACUAACUGGACUUGUAUGCCCAGAGAAACACCUGGGAAAUAGAAUACAGCAACUUGCUGAGGAACCUUGUUCUGUACUUGGAAGUACUGUUGAGCCAUUCAUAUGCCAACUGCAAAAGGGGUCUGUGCAGUACCAGAAUAGCACAGAGCUGCUACAGGCUAUACGCCAACUGAUAACUAACCUGAAGAACUAUCUGAUUGACAGUGAUGAGAUUUUGGAAAUUCUGGAACAUCAAGAUGUUGAAGAUUUCAAAAUUGCUUCCAUCAUUGAAACAUCUUUAUUCAAGUGUGUGCUGAAGCCUCUCCAAGCUGCUAUUUAUUCACAACUCCUGGAUUUGCACAACAGAGAUGGCUCCCUGGACAAGUUGUUAGGUAACCAGAGUAAGAUGAAGACCUGGAGCCUUAGUGAGCAGAAACCACGUGCAGGACUUCCUGGGGCUGGAACCAUGGAAAAGAUUCAGCAGAAGCUGUCACUAAUGCACAUGGUCUAUUCGCCAGAGAAGAAGAUACUACACCUGCUGAAAGUGUGCAAAAUCAUUUAUGAGUCAAUGGAGAACUCUAGUGGAAAAAAUGAAGCCUUUGGGGCUGAUGACUUCUUACCAGUUCUGAUCCAUGUCUUGCUGGGCUGUGAUAUCACUUCUGUUCUUUUAGAUGUAGAAUAUAUGAUGGAACUUUUGGAUCCUUCUCAGCUUCAAGGAGAAGGUGGUUACUAUCUGACUACAUUGUUUGGAGCCCUGUAUCAUAUAAGCAGCUUUAAUACCGUAUCAAGGCAGCUCAGUGUGGAAGCCCAGAAUUCUAUUCGCCAAUGGCAACGCAGAAGGACUAUUCACCGUAAACACACUUUUGAAAAAUCCAUCCAAAUGAAUACGGAGACAUCAGAAGACAUGUCUCUUGUGGCCUCUGAUGGAAUGUAGCAUAGAAUAUAAUUUCACAGUGUCUAACCAGAAAUACAAGCCAUUGUUGUAUGUUUGCACAUAUGGGGGCAGAUGUAUUAACCUGGAGAAGGUA